AAGUGGUGUUGUAUAAGUAGAUAUUUUGGUGCUAACUCGCCUGUUUUGGCAUUUUGUGUACUAAAAAGUUUUGGCUACUUCUCGUCACCGUUCGAUAUAGGCAAUCGCUUGAGUAAAAAAUCUCCCACUCGCCUGGCCAAUAAAGAAAUGAAAAAAUAAAGCCAUCCGAGGACCGAUGAUAGAGCAAACAAGCCCGAAGCUUGCAAAUCACGGAGCCCCCGCAACAAAAGACAAUACAGUGGAAAAUGUAUCUUUCGAGCGAAAUCGGUGUAACACAGUUUUUCAAAGCCAUCCGUUCGAGUGCGUUCGAGUCGUUCGCAGAGAUGUAGAUACAUUCAAGCAGUUUCGGAGUGCUUCCCAGUCGACAGAAGGCGUUUGAAAGGAAUAUAAAUUAAAUUGGCGAGGCGAUGGUUCGGUGAAAAACUAUGGCCUUCAAAGUCCCACCCAGUUAGAAGGAUAUGUGCGUGUGUGUCUGUAAGUGUGUGUGCGUGUGUGUGUGUAUGCAUACAUAUGAAGGCAUGUAUUGAUUAAGGACGGAGGACUUUUUUCUUAUCCAUAAAUGCUAAUCAAGAGCUAAUGUUCUGUUAAUAAUGGAGUUUUGUGAGUUACUCAAAACUGCCAGAUAAAAUGAGGGCUAUCCUGAUUGCUCAAGCGAACCCCAAAAAGGCGUUGACACUAAUUAAGCAUAUUUGUUAGCAGCAGGUCAACUUAUAAAUAAGAACAUGGAGCCAAAUCAUUACUACUGCCGGAGCGCCAUGCAGCAGAACUCCUCGACUUCCAUGCCCCAACAUUCGUCGAGCAAACUCAACUACGGGUUGAACAUGAAUGCUGGGCAGGAUUAUGUGACAUGUAGCUCCGGCCAACCGCAAUCGGGGUACAACUCCAAGGACCUGGUGCCGCGCAAUGGGAGCAACAAGCCGCUCGGUGGCAACGGCAACAUGGGAAGUCCGUAUGGCGGAUCUGUCUGCAGCAACAGUGGGCAAUGCAGCAAAAAUACUGCCAAUCCGGGGAACUAUAUCAACAUAAUGACUGUUCCACUGGGAACUCUGCAGUAUAAUCGAAAAAAGCUAUCUACUCAAGACUACGAAUCGCAUUUAUAUUACAACACCACGGAUGUCAAGUGUCGCGAUGACUACUAUCUAGCCAACAAUGCGGCAGCAGCAAUGCCGCAGCACCAAGCUCAUCAGCCGCAACAGCAGCACAUGCACCAGCAGCAACAUCAACACCAACAACAGCAGCAGCAGCAACACCAGCAACACCAGCAACACCAACAACACCAGCAACAUCAGCAGCAUCAGCAGCACCAGCAACACCAGCAACAUCUGCACCAACAGCAGCAACAGGCCAACUUUCUCCACAUCCAGCAAUCGCUGCAACACAACCACCAGCUGAGCCACGCCGAACCAAUCCAUCAGUUGCCCCAAUUGCAGAGCUCUGUGGCCGAGCCACCAGAUGCCUUCGACAACUGUGCGAUCUUCCCGAGCGCCGGAGCCAGUGGCUCCGGUGGUGGACGCGUGGCAGCCACCCAAACGCAUCAGAACAGCUCCAGUGUGGUCACGUGCGACCAGCAGGUGCCCGUCUCCCUGGGCUCUGUCAACAUGCCCGUUCCCCCCAUCAUGUACACCGUACACCGGGUGGUGACCACGGCCCAGAUCCAAACGGCGGUGGGCAGCACCUUCGCCUCCUCGGCCAGUGUGUCCAGUGUGGUCAGCACGGGGCAGAACGAGGGCGACUGCCUGUCGCCGGCACAGGUCUCCACCGCCAUGGCCGCCACCGGGAACGCGCCCUGUCUGGGCGGACUCUCCGACAUGGGCGCCAACAUGAUGAACAACGCAAGUGCACUUUGUCCCCUUUCCGAGCUGAGGAGUCCAUCCGGAGUGCUCACCAAUUCCUCGUUUAUGCCACAACACCACAAAUGCAACAAUGGCAACGACGCCCAAUCCAAUCCUGCAAUCCAAAAACGCAUAAUGGCGACAAGCUCAACUUCGAAUUUUGCUAAUGCUGGCAAAGCUGCUUCCAAUCUAACCCGUGCCCUGCAAAAUGUAAUCCCCACAUGCGUGUAUCUUAUGUCUCGGGUGGCGGUCCACAUGGAGAUCGAGGGCACAUCGCAGUGUCCAUCGCAAGUGAUGUUGGCAGCUGCCUUGGGAUGUGAGGAGCUGGGGAUAUCCAACAAGUUGCUGGCACAGAGUGUUUUUGGUCUGUGGAUGACAAGUGCUUUACUGGAAAUGCAGCUGAAGGCCCAUCACUGCCCCUAUAUAGUGCGAGUUGCGUGGCCCAACUUGCUCCAGAAGUUCAGCAAUAGCAGUCCCAGUGAUCGAAAGUUUGACGAGCCCAUGAUAGUCUUGAAGAGAAACGUUUUCUUUUCCAAACGAGACGAAGAGAAAAUAAAGGAUCAUCGAAUCUUAGAGCUCCUUUACGAAGAGGCCAGAAAUAAUGUGCUGACAGGGAGAUAUAUUAUGGAGCCUGUACAUUCACUUAUGCUGGGUGGUAUUCAAGCUAGAAUAGAACUGGGUCCCUACAAUUCCCACACCCAUACAAUAGGAUUCUUUCGGGAAAAUCAAGCUAGGUUCUUGCCACCACACGUUGCCAAAAGCUCCACUUGGCUGUGGCUACCUAUAAGUCAGAAGAAUUCUGCGGAGGUCAAGCUUUUGGAACAGUUCAAACGGGUACCCCAAACAGCCACCACCAGAAAGUUGAUGAGGAAAUACCUGGAGUUUUGCUGGGCAUUGCCCUUCUAUGGCGCCGCAUACUUCCAUGGUCAAAUAGAACAGCCUGUUAGGGGAAUUAUGGCUUUGGUCAACCAAAAGGAUAUGGAGGUUUUAGUCGCAGUUAAUGAAAGGGGAGUUUUUGUAAUAGAUCCCUACGAAUGCACACUCCUGCUGGGAUUGCGAUACGAGGAUUUGUCUUGGGAUUACGCAAAGCCAAGCGCAAGUGAUGAUCCCGAAUGCCUCACUUGUAUAUUCUUGCAGUUCGAUGCGGUGGAGAACGGAAUACAAGUAUCAAAGCUGAUGCAAAUCUUUUCGAAGCAAGCUGCCAUGAUAGACGCACUUAUAUCACACUUUACGGAUCAAAUAAGGAACAAAAAACAAGAGGGUAACCCUCAAGAACCCUUUCACGAUGAGCCAAAUCCUAUUCAAAAUAAUGGAAAUGGAGUUCUAUGCAAUAAGCUGUCUCGAUUAACUUUGGCUACCUUCGAUGAGGAGGGAGGUCGUUGCAUUGGGCAAAUGGGAUCAUUAUCUAUAAGCUAUUAACAUUUGUUACUACGAUAAAGUACAUUUAAGUUAAGGGGUGUUAAAUAAAGUUCACACAUAUAUUCACGAUUGUUGAUAAAUUCCCAUAAAUAUACUCACAAAUAAAUUUUUAGCAAACUGAAUCCACACGUUCACAGACAUCUACAAAAUGCAUACCAGUACAUUUAAUUGUUUUCUAAUUUUACUGAAACGCAAUAUCAAAGAACAUUAAUCGAUGACCAGUAAAUAAGUUAAAGAUUUAAAUUUAAUUGCCGAUUGCUUUUUCUAAAGGCACUUGGGUGGCAACCGUAGAUACCAUCCGCACCCAUCCAAUUAUUGCUCAAAAUUUGAAUAUUUAUUCAUGAUUUAUUGUUUGCUUUAAAGAAGUUGUUAAUUUUUAUUGCACACCUCCAUCGAAAUGCCAUUCACAAUUGUUCGAAUUGAAUUGUUUACGAUUAAUGCAAGUAAUUACCAAAUAUUGCCCCCGAAUAGUUAUCUCCUUUUAUUUACCUUUGAGGUAAGGCAUGUAGUAUACAUUAAGAUAUUUACAUAUAUGGGUAUGUGCAUUUGACGUAUGCGUUCAGAAUUAGUUUAAUAAGCCUUCGACUGAAACAAAUUAUGUAUAUAAUAACAAUAAAAUGUAUGUACAAAAUGUAAGGGCUAACUGCCAACAUAGGUUAUGUAUAUAUUUAAAUUUGUAUGUAUGUAUAAAUUGAGACUUAAAAUAAAUACCGUUUCCUCAUAUUUAUACAGCAAGUACUUAAAAAAUUACAGACAUUUUAUUUUAGUGUUUAAAUUGCACUGUUAAAGUUUAUUUUCAUACUCUCUUAGUGCAUCGAAUUUAAUUUUUUAAACCGAAAUUUCAUUUUUUAAAACCACCAAGCUUCUAUUAUGAUGUUUGCAAUUUGAUAAGCUGCAGAAUACCUUCUUUUGUUGAUUUUAUUUUGAAAGAACAUUUUUGUGACAAAUAAAAGUGAAAUAUAAAUUGUUUAAUAACAAAUAAUGAUAUAGUUAUAAUAUACAGCAACACGGAAAUUAAUCAAUACAUGUAGGUGUAAUCUAAUAAAUUAUAGUUAAUAGAAAAUUUAUUUAAAUAUGUGUAAAUCAAACAUAAUACUAAA